CUCUUUAACCGUUAUUACAGAUAACAUGACAAAUUCUCUAAAGUUGCAGAGGUCUUCUAAUAUUUUUUAGUUACCCGAAGGACACGGAGUUCCCCCCCUCCGGAGUUAGCGGUGCUCGGGUCCGGGAGCAACAUGGCGGCGUCCAUGCGGGGCUAGUUUGGGGACUGACUAGGCUGUCUUGCCCGACUCUGACCGAGUGAAGUUUUCCUCAAGUUAAAAAAUUGUCUACUAACAGGCGGACACCUUCGGAGACCCGCCAUUCGCUCGCGACCACACUGAAGAGCGGAGUCCUGAGCACUGACCAAGAUGAGUAACAUCUACAUCCAGGAGCCGCCCACGAAUGGGAAGGUUUUAUUGAAAACUACAGCUGGAGAUAUUGACAUAGAGUUGUGGUCAAAAGAAGCUCCAAAGGCAUGCAGAAAUUUCAUUCAGCUUUGUUUGGAAGCCUACUAUGACAACACCAUUUUUCACAGAGUUGUACCUGGCUUCAUAGUCCAAGGUGGGGAUCCCACAGGUACCGGGACUGGUGGAGAGUCCAUCUAUGGAGCCCCAUUCAAGGAUGAAUUUCACUCGAGGUUGCGUUUUAAUAGGAGAGGACUGGUUGCCAUGGCAAAUGCUGGUCCACAUGAUAAUGGCAGCCAGUUUUUCUUUACCCUGGGUCGAGCAGAUGAACUUAACAAUAAGCACACCAUCUUUGGCAAGGUUACAGGGGAUACAGUAUACAACAUGCUGCGCUUGACAGAGGUAGAUGUCGAUGAUGAUGAAAGACCCCGCAAUCCACAUCGAAUCAAAAGUUGUGAGGUUUUGUUUAAUCCUUUUGAUGACAUCAUUCCAAGAGAAAUUAAAAGGCCCAAAAAAGAGAAACCAGAGGAGGAAAACAAGAAAUUGAAACCCAAAGGCACAAAAAACUUUAGUUUACUUUCUUUCGGAGAAGAAGCUGAGGAGGAGGAGGAGGAAGUGAACCGAGUCAGUCAGAGCAUGAAGGGGAGAAGUAAAAGCAGCCAUGACCUGCUCAAGGACGAUCCGCACCUCAGCUCUGUCCCCGCUGUGGAAAGUGAAAAAGAUGAUGCAACAGGAGAUUUAGAAGAUGAUGGAGAAGAUGAAAGUGCAGAGCAGGAUGAAUCCAUUGAUGGCGAUGAAAAGAACCUGAUGAGAGAAAGAAUUGCAAAAAGGUUAAAGAAAGACACAAGUGCAAAUGUGAAGUCAGCUGGAGAGGGAGAAGGAGAAAAAAAGCCAGCCAGCCGCAGUGAAGAGCUCAGAAAAGAAGCAAGGCAACUGAAGCGGGAACUCUUAGCUGCGAAACAGAAAAAGGAGACUGCAGCAAAAGCAGAGAGAGGCAGUGAAGAGGAAGAAGCUGCCCCAGAUGGCGCUGUUGCAGAAUAUAGGCGAGAAAAGCAAAAGUACGAAGCUCUGAGGAAGCAGCAGCCGAAGAAGGGAACUUCCCGGGAAGAUCAGACCCUGGCACUGCUCAGCCAGUUUAAAUCUAAGCUCAGCCAAGCAAUUACUGAAACGCCUGAGGACAGCGUUCCUGAAGCAGAGGUGGAAGAUGAUGAAGGAUGGAUGUCACACGUGCUCCAGUUUGAGGACAGAAGCAGGAAGGUGAAGGACGCGAGCAUGCAGGACUCAGACACGUUUGAGAUCUACGAUCCUCGGAACCCAGUGAACAAAAGGAGAAGGGAGGAGAGCAAGAAGCUGCUGAGAGAGAAGAAGGAAAGGAGGUGAGAGCAGCGUGGUGACGCCAGAGCUGCUCGCAGCGUGCCCGCAGUCAGUGUCCCUGUGACAGCCAUGGACCGCAGCAGCACGGAUGGAUGGGAAAGUAUGUCUGAACCUGUUCUCUGACUCAGAAAACAGAUACUUUGUUUUGUAAAUUUGGAAUGAUGUAAGCAAAUGCUUUUGGUUACUGAUAACAUUUUUUGUCCUUAAUUGACCUUUUAUAUUGCUAAAUCUGAAAUGAAAUCAGUUUCUUUCCAGUUUAAAUGUUAACCAUUUGCAGACUGUAUAAGCCUGUUGAUGCCCUUUACCCUGAAAUGUGUGAAGUCUUCUUGUCAAGAUUUUUAUAAGUGCUCACAGAAGGAAUAAGGGGAACUUCUCUGACACUUUGAUAUAAAAUAAAAAAUUAUAAAAUAAAAACAUUAACAUUGAUGACUCUUUUUGUAUAUAAACAUAUAAAAAUAGCCAGACCAGUAGGACUUGCGCUUUAAUUUGUGAGAAAUACACAGGCAAAUUAAUAUUCUCUGUCCAGGCCAUUGCCUGGGUGUUAUGAAUGCAUUCAGGACGGUAGCACUCUGUUGCCAUGCUCUCCAAACACCACAUCCUGGUGCUGGGCCACCUCAACGCAGCAGCACCAGGAGCAGGUCAGUGCACAGGACCCGUACCACCAGUAGAGCACACCAGGAAUUUAGCGCUUGAUGCAAUCAUUCACACUGGGUGUUUCUGUUACCUAUUUUUAGUUCUAAAAUCUGCUUGCUAAAAUUGUACAGCAGGCUAACUUCAGUCACCUAAUAAAACUUCACCAGCCACAUCUUUUCAGAAGAAGUAAUGAAAUCGGUUUCCUCUUCCUAAAGCGCCGGCUCUUCAGCUGUGAUCCCAGGUGCAGCCCUGGCAGCAGACAUGAGGACGGAGAAACCCUAGUCCCUGCCUUGCUGCCUGCCAGCCACCAGCAGCACGCCUCCUCUAGACUGUCGGUGUCCAGGGAACUUCAAAAUGUCAUGGCCCAUGACCAGAAAGUUAGAAUCCUAGGCUUGUACCCUAAAGAAAUUUUCAGACACUGGUCAAGAUGAGUAGGCGCUAGCCUACAUUGAAGCAUCAUAAAGCGGAGUAUACAUAUGUGUUACAUAACCACACUGUGGCAUACUUUAUAGUGAUAAAGACCACUACACUCCAGGAAUGUAUCUAAAGGAGCAGUGUUUGCCUAACGUGUACCAGGCCCUGAACUAAAUCCUCAGGACAGAGAAAAAAAUAAGUAAACAGAACUAUAUUACUGUAUCUUAAAAGGAACAAACAAAACCAGAUAUAUCAAAAUGUAAAGCAGAGAAGUAAUAUAAGUUGAGAAUGUAGUGAGGGAUUAUGCUGGUUUAGUAAAAUGGAAGUUGGGGCUUUUCCUCCAAGAUCCAUGACUUCAUUAGCCCUGGAUAGUUACUCGGUUUUAGUACUAGGCAUGCUUAUUGAGUGGGUAUUGGGUCCAAUUAGAGAGCGAUUGGUUACCACAAAGGUGUGCGUACCACUACAGCACUCAGGUUUACAGUAUCAUGCUGGUGGCUGUGGCUCAUAGGUCUCAGAGCUGGGUAGAACUGGUGGUUGCUUCCCUCCUUUGGAAGCUUGCUUGGCGCCUUCUGAUGAUAACCAUGAAAGAUAAUGACAAAAUUAAGAUCUUAGUGUAGCUAAAUGAUCAUCCUAUUUUAACUAUAAGAAGCAGGAGAUCCUGAAAUGUAGUAGUGAUUGUGGUAUUUCAACAUUACAAAAUUCACUAAAUUUAACUAAGUAAGUAAUUUUCAAAAAGAAUAACAUACUAAAUUUGGUAUAAAAUAUGCUUGUAGUCACAGGAAAAUGUUUAGGCCAAAUAAAUGGAAAGAAAAAAAAACUAAAAUAAAUGUGAAAACAUAAAAAAUAGCCUUUAAAUUCACUUAAUUUUUAAGUUUGGGUUUAUUUUUUGUUUAUGUGUUUUGGUCAGGGAUACUAUCCUGAGACAAAGCAGCCUGUCAGAGUUCUUGUUCUUUGCCUGGGAAUGCUAGAAAGAGAGAAAACAAUUGGCAUUUCUGUUCUCAUUAUGACUUCCGCUUUGAGUGAAGCUGGUGGCAGGUAAAAGCUAAAACCAGCCCUUGACCUUUCCUUUCUCAAAGGGUAAUUGAAGUGAAUGCAGAUCCAUCUGGGAUUUUUAAUGUUAUAAAACAGGACAGGGCCACAUGCCCUCCGCUGUGGCCCCUCUGAGGCCACGUAGUCAGUAAUGCAUCUAAAAAUGGGGAUAUCAUAAAACGGGUCAUUAAAACGUGUGAGGGGAUGAGUGGUUUGCUGCUGUUUUUAGAACUCAUUCAGUGAGUGAUGGUGGGUGUCUUUCUCGAGCUGUCACUGCCAGGUUCUCGAUAAGAUCGGAUGUGUGAGGUACAUAAACCUGUCAUGUUGUGUCAGUGUGGCCUGUGUAGGAAAGGUUAGAGGUAGAAUACAGCCGAAACAUGCUGUUUUAUCUUAGUGAUAACAAGGAAGAGAGGGGAGGUGUGAAGUGAGUUACCGUGGAGGGGCCUAUCAGUGUGAACAAUUUGUCUAUAUGUGUUGAUGUGGAGAAGUUAAGAGGGGUGGCAUUCUUCACUGCCAUUCACAAACAAGAGUAGGUCUGCCUUCACCAUCACUGUGACAGCCAACAACCAAGCAGUUCCUCGUUGUCGGGUGGCCCCAUUUCGGCUUACUGGGAAGCACAGUGAAUUUCCCAUCUUUGCUUCUUUCAGCUUUUAAUGGAGAGAUGUGAUACAGGCACCACACUGUGGAGAAAUCCUCGCUAGAUGAAACUCAAAUUCUAAGGAAAAUGGUAAGACAUCAGCCCUUACUAGGGUGGUGUUAGAAGUACUGGGUCUGUAGAAAGAAUGUUCAUUAGCAUGGCCAUCCCCACCACCUCCCGGACAUACACAACCCUCACCAAACCCAUAGACCAUGUCUCUGUCACAGCUACUAAGUCUCCUCAGUCCCUGUGGAGAGGUAUUGCCAGUGAUGUGGUGGCAAGCAAGCUCAGAAAGAAUUUACAGCAUUUGUCAGAGUGUCAUACCAUGGCCCAUUUCAAACCCUGAUACAGCCCUGCUCUGUUAAACCUUUUGCCAUCCACUUUCAUUUCUGGCUAAUGCUUUCGUACACUAACUCUCGCAUGGGCACUGAAGAACUCACUCAAUUGUGACCCCGUUUCCAGAGCCACAGUCCCCAUGCUUCUCUAUUUUGUGCGAUUACCAUUGUACGAUGGAUUUGUAUCUAAUUCUCUGUUGAUGAAAUUUUCCAAAGCUUCUCUUUGGGUUUUUUCCCCUACUUUUUAAUUCCAGUAAAUCUUAUGCUCAGCUCAAAAAGGAACCAAACCUUAUGGAGAAAAGGAGGUGUAAGAAACAGAAUGAUGGGUCUUUGAUUUACCCACUUUAAAUGAUAAUGUACAAAUUCAUCAUUUAACUUAAAAGAGCAGUGUGGAGUUAGGAGACGGGGAUUCCCACCUGAAAAGAAAAACAUGGAUUCUAAAUGCAGUGCAGGCAGAAGUCUGCUCUCUCUGUCUCCCACAUCUGCUGGAAAUUAUUCCCUGAAGAUUACAUCAUGAUAUUAAUUUAUGUUACUUGAUCAGCUAAAAUAUCUUCUGGAGGCUUUCUUCACAGCACCAGUUAGAAAGAAAAAGAUUUUUUUUUUGUCUUUUAGAAAAUUAUUAUUUUUCUCAUCCUCAUAAUGCCAAAUGUGAUCCUUAUAGGUAAACUGCUACCACUUUUUUUAAACGAUGGAGAUAAUUUUGAAAUUAAGAAACACUCAAGUGGUUUUUGAAUCUAUUUUCUGUGCUUAAUGUAGGUCAUGACUGUAUCAGGAUAUUCAAAUACUUCAAUAAAAAUACACUAGAAGUGAAGGGUCCCACAUAUAGAAAAUAUAUCAUCCCCCUUAAAAUACAUGCUUUGUAGUUGGUUCUCAACUGUCACAGUGAACUUAUAAUCUGCAGGCUUCCUUCUCUUUUCCAUGUGAUCUGUAUAAAAUGUUGAAUUUUCCAUUUGGGACAAAUGUUUUAUUUGGGGUGAGAGGCAUGGACAUUUUUCCUCUAUUCUAAAAAUCUCAUUAUAAUACUGUAUUAUGGGUGCAAAAUGAAUAAACUGAUUAAGAAUUA